AUAUAUUUUUUAAUAUCUUUUUAUUUAUUAAUAUUAAGAAUUUAUUUUUUAAUUAUAUUUUUAAAAUUUUUAAUUUUUAAAACAAAAAUAAUUUUUUUAUGAAAUUUAAUAAUAAUUAAUUCAAUAAAAAUUGAAUACAUUUUAUAUUUAGAUUGAAUAUCAUUUUUAUUUAUAAGGACUGUAUUAAUAAUUUCUUCAAUAGUAAUUUUAUACAGAACUGAAUAUAUAAAAAUAGAUAAAUCUUUAAAACGUUUUAUAUGAUUAAUUAUUAUUUUUGUUUUAUCAAUAAUUUUUAUAAUUAUUAGAAUAAAUAUAUUUAGUAUUUUAUUAGGAUGGGAUGGAUUAGGUUUAUCUUCAUAUUGUUUAGUUGCUUAUUAUAAAAAUAAAAAAAGUUUUAAUUCAAGAAUAAUUACUAUUUUAAUAAAUCGAGUAGGAGAUAUUAUAAUUAUUUUAUCUAUUAGAUUAAUAAUAUAUUUAGGAUCUUUAAAUUUUAUAAUAUUAAAUAAUUUAAAUCUAAUAAUUUUAUACUUAAUUUUAAUUGCUGCAAUUACAAAAAGAGCUCAAAUUCCAUUUUCUCCUUGAUUACCUAUAGCUAUAACAGCUCCAACACCUAUUUCUGCUUUAGUUCAUUCCUCAACUUUAGUGACAGCAGGAGUAUAUUUAAUAAUUCGAUUUAAUCAUUUAAUAAAUAAAAAUUUUAUAUUUUUUUUAUUUAUUUUAUCUAUAUUAACAAUAUUUAUAGCAGGAUUAACAGCUAAUUUUGAAUAUGAUUUAAAAAAAAUUAUUGCUUUAUCAACAUUAAGACAAUUAGGAUUAAUGAUAAUAACUAUUUCAUUAAAUUUAACAAAAUUAACUUUUUUUCAUUUAAUUACUCAUGCAAUAUUUAAAUCUUUAUUAUUUUUAUGUGCAGGAAUUAUUAUUCAUAAUUAUUUCAAUAAUCAAGAUAUUCGUUUUAUUUCAAUUUUAAAUUUUAAAAUUCCAUUUAUUUAUUCUACAUUUAAUAUUGCAACUUUAACUUUAUGUGGACUACCUUUUUUAUCAGGAUUUUAUUCAAAAGAUAUAAUCAUUGAAAUAUUUAAUAUAAUAAGUAAUAAUUAUUUAAUAUAUACAAUAAUAUAUUUAUCAAUAAGUACUACUGUUUCUUAUUCUUUUCGUUUAAUUUUUUAUAUUUCUUUAAAAUCUCCUAAAAUAAAUAAUAUAAGAUUUUAUUUAUCAAAUAACAUAAUAAAUUAUUCUUUAUUAAUUUUAUUAAUUAUAUCAAUAUUUUACGGCUCAAUUAUUAAUUGAAUUUUAUUUUCAUCAUUAAAUAAAAUUUUUUUAACAAAAAUAAUAAAAUUAAUUAUUUUUUUCAUUUUAAUAUUUACAAUAUUAUUAAUAUUAAUUUUAAAUAAUAUUAAAAUAAACAAAAUUUUUUAUAAAAAUAUUAUUAUUUUUAAAUUUAUAAAUAUAAUAUGAUUAUUACCUUUAAUAGAUAAAAAAAUUAAAAUAAAAUUAAUUUUUAUAUCUAAUAAAUUUAAUUAUUUCAAUGAUAUAGGAUGAUUAGAACAAGUCUCAUCAAAAAAAAUCAUUAAUAAAAUUAUAAUUAUAUACAAAUUUAAAAAUAUUUUUAAAUUAAAUAUAAUAUUAAUAAUAAUAUUUUUAUCAUAUUUAAUAUUAAUUAUAAAAUAUUAUUAA